AGCCCAAGAAGGCCGCCGCCCCGCCCGCGCCCAUGAGCAACGAGGUCCGAGAGGCGUGGGAGAAGGAGAGGGAGCAGCUGUACGUCAGUCUCGACGAGAAGGACGACGAGAUCAACCAGCACAGUCAGCUGGCGGAGAAGCUGAAGGAGCAGAUGCUGGAGCAGGAGGAGCUGAUCGCCGCCACCCGCCGGGACUACGAGGUUCUCCAGGCAGAGAUGGCGAGGAUCCAGGCGGAGAACGACGCUGCCAAGGACGAGGUGAAGGAGGUCCUGCAAGCCCUCGAGGAGCUCGCCCUCAACUACGACCAGAAGAGCCAGGAAGUCGAGAGCAAGUGCAAGGAGAACGAAUCCCUGAGCGAAGAGCUGACGGAGAAGCAGACGGCGCUGACCACGAUGCAAGGCGAGCUGCAGCAGAUGAAGGAUUCCUCGGUCCACCAGCGGCGCAGGAUGAACGAGAUGCUGUUCUCCCUCCUGUCGGAAUUCUUCGGCGAGGUGCGGGAACGUGGUCGGGGGCACGGCCGGGGAGCUGUCAAUUCCGGCGACCCCAAUAAACUGGAGGAGGAAUUCACGAUGGCGCGGCUGUACGUGUCCAAGAUGAAGAGCGAGGUGCGGAAUCUGGUUCAGCGGUGCAGCACCUUGGAGAAUUUCCAGGGCGACUGCAACAAGAAGAUUGACGACUACGAGAAGGAGCUGAGUGAGUGCCGUCUCCUCAUCAGCCAGCAUGAGGCCAGAAUGAAGACGCUGCAGGAGUCCAUGCAUGAGGUGGAGGUCCGGAAGAGGCAGCUGGAGGAACAGGUCGACACCCUGACGGAGGACGUGACGAGGCUCAAAGCGGCCGAGGGACUGUCCGUGUCCGAGGGCGAGUCGAAGGAGGCCCUUGAGAAGCAGAUGGAGACCCACCGCGACCUCCACCAGAAGCAGGUCGUGCAGCUGCGGCAGGAGAUCAACCAGAAGCAGGCGCUCAUCGAGGACCUGAAGGAUCAAAACCAGAAGCUGACCCUCGAACUCGACCAGCUGCGCGGCGAACACAACAAACUCAAGGUGGAGGAAGCCGAGAAGAGCACAAGACUCCACGAACUCAUCGCCCUGAACGAGAGGAGGGAGCAGGCCCACCACGAUCUCAAGGGACUGGAGGACACGGUGGCCAAGGAGCUGCAGACGCUACACAACCUCAGGAAGCUCUUCGUCCAGGACCUGCAGGCCAAAGUCAAGAGGUCAGCAGCCGGCGAGGACGAGGACAUCCUGGGCGGCUCCGUGGCCCAGAAGCAGAAGAUCAGCUUCCUGGAGAACAACCUCGAUCAGCUGACCAAGGUGCACAAACAGCUGGUGCGGGACAAUGCGGACCUGCGCUGCGAGCUGCCCAAGCUGGAGAAGCGGUUGCGAGCGACCAUGGAGAGGGUCAAGGCCCUGGAGACGGCGCUGAGGGAGGCCAAGGAGGGAGCAAUGAGGGACAGGAAGAGGUACCAGUAUGAGGUGGACCGCAUCAAGGAGGCUGUGAGGCAGAAGAACCUAGCAGGAGGGGCAAGGGAGCGCAUAUUCAGGUUGAGAGUCAAAGAAUGA